GUUUACCUCGGCCAACCUGACAGCAGCAGAUCCUGUCACAAAAUGGCUAAACUGAAAGACAAAAGACGAGAGAAAAUCAGCGUCGCCACCGAGAUUGACCGUUUGGAGGAGCGCCGGGCGCGUUGCCAGGACAACCUGGAGAGGGCGGAGUUCAGGAGCAGGAAGGAGAAGCUCUCUGAUAAGGAGAGACAGGAACUGGAGGAUGAAAUGGGAAUCAUGAAUGAGAGGGUGCAAAAGCUAGACAAGGAGCUUCAGACCUUAAGACGAGAGAAUCGGAAGAACAUGCUUCUGUCAGUGGCUCUGCUUGCUAUCAGCGCUCUAUUCUACUAUGUCUUUUUCUACAGUGAAGAGGACUCAUGAUACCACACAGAAUUGUAAAGUGACCUACUGCUCUUAAAAGAGCAACAACCUCCCGACACAUGGAAAAGAGCCAAAGAGCUGUACUGGUGAAAUACCUCAAUUCUCCCUCCAGAUGGCAUCAUUGCAUUUUCUUUAUCUCAUACAGUCAUGAAAAUGGUUCUACAGUCCAAAACAACAGUAUUGUGGUCAGUUAUAGCAGGCUAUCAGGUGACAUAAUUAAAUAAUUCAUUAGUGUGUGACUUGCCUGUUGGUUAUUCAAUGAUAAUCCCAGUCCACGUGCUGGACAUGCACACUACGGCACGUGCCCAGGAUUGUAUCACCUGUGAACCAUCUCUGAUAACGUGUAUGAGGUUAUAUUGACGUUAAGUCAGUGAGCAUCUUCUUGCAUUCAUUCACAAUUCCUUUAUUUUUAUUGCUGUGUAAAAGACCUUACUGUUUAUUAUGACAUUCAACAUCAUGAAGAAUUUAGAUACAGUUUGUCACCUAAAUAACCAGUAAACUAUAAAGUUUGCCUCAUGCCACAAAUAAACCCAUGUAAUGUGUUUUAUAUAAUAUAUUGAAGACAGUUGUAGUGCCAAUCAAAACUGCUUUUCAGAGACAUAUAAAUAAAAGUUUACGGCCCACAUACUGUACAUGUAAAUGUCAGACAGUCAAAUGGAUGGAAAUGCUGCAAUGAGUAAAUAAUACAUUUGGGUAUUUUUCAAAUGUGAGCCUUAUGCUUUGUUGUGAAGGGUUUUACAAAGGACCUGAAGAAUGUAUCUUUCAUGACACAGUAAUGCAGCCAUUCACCCAUCUAUUAGCAAGAGCCUAAAGAUGCCAAACAGUGAAAAUGAUAGUAUAAGAAUUGUGUUUGUUCUUUGUAAUUGUUCUGUUUAUCUGUUAUUUGGUCUUAUAUGUGUUUUUUCUUGGACAUAUUAAAAGCUUUACAUCAA